CGGGAAUCUAACGGACACUCAUAGCUAUUAGAGACAUCGGCAAAUCAAUGAAAUGACUGGGAAAACGCGGGCUUUUGGGAAACCUGAAGGAGUUUCUGUCUUGGAAAAGCUGUAUUUUGAGUUGGCGUCGCUAAAUGCAAUCUUGCAUCAGUUUUUGGGUAGCUGUGAGGGUACAGGACGACAUUCAUAUAGCCUUUCGAAUAGUCUGUACUACGAUUGUGCUGAAUGCCGAUUUGUGAAAGACAGCGACAGCUCAGAGUACCAGAAGCUGGUGAAAUGCACAGUAGUGGCACAUUCUGACAGGAAAUUACCGCCAGUAGAGAAUACUAGCCGUUUCUACAGCAGAGAUGGUGAAAUAGUCGUAACGGAUGAGAUGACUGUGUUGGAUUAUGCUAUUUCGAUAAUUUUGAAACGCAACAGACCAUCUCAGAAUGUAAUCACUCAAGGUUUUUUUAAGGAUUCACGGGACUGUAGUGAUCUUGGAUUACAAGGGUUUAGUGUCUACUACCCCAACACAUUGCUGACUGUGAUGAAGACGACAAUAUUCAGGAUUCUUUUGUCAAGGUUAUUAACUUAAUCUUAUAGAAUACUUGCAUGGAUUUUAUCUCUUCAGUGAUUUAUGAUUGUAAAUGACUAUAUUUGAAGGAAAUAUUAUUUUCACAA